GGAGAGAGGACAGCUCCCUGUUGCUCGCUCUCUUACAAUCAUUUGGCACGCACAUCGCGGGAAACGCCAGCAAACCCCUGUUUGCUACCUGAGAUGCCCUUACACGUCAUUUAUACUACGCUACUUGCUUUUACCUACUCCAAUUCACGUUGAACGCGCCCGCCGCUGCACCUCCCACGCCUUAUCACCAGCGCAGCGCUCUUCCACCCACCAUGCCUCCUACUACGGGCACCCGGACGUCUACACGGCAAGGGCGCGCCACGAUCCGACCUUCAAACUAUUAUGCGCGCACUUUCGCCGGACGACUCGCUGCGAGCGGGCUAGAGCAGACGCCAGAAGCCUCCAACACCGCGCCCGGCUUUCUACCGGCUCUCACACACUUCACCGGCGCCGUCGAUGCCUUUCCAAAGGAGAUCAUCAAGCACUUCUCCAUGUUCAAGGAGGUCGAGGCAAAGCUCUUCGAUCCGGAGCAGAUGAUGAAGGAGCUGCUCGACGAGAUCGCCCAGCAGCCCGUCACUACCAAGGCUCAGCUGGCUAUUGCAGAACAAACCACUGUUGAGACAGAGAAUAGCAUCGGUUUCUUUCCGCCGAACCUCGACAGCCUCUCUUCCGAACAACGAGCUAUCACACAUAAGCGCCAGCUCUUCUUUCGCCUCCGCAUGCUGAUUGCGAAUAUGCUCCCCACACUCGACGAGAAGCUGGUUGUGCUCCAGGGCGCAAAAGCCACCAAAGACAAGGGCCUCGCGCGCAUGCUGCACUCGUACUCCCAACUGGAUGGCGAGAUCAGUGACGAAGCGCGAUACGGCAGCCUCUCGCACUGGGCGUAUGCGGAUAAGGAAGAGAAGAAGAAGGGCGGGCCCUCGCAUGAGCGGCAGCGGCGCGAGGUGGCUGCAGCGAAUAACUUGGCUGCGGCUGCUCAGCAUGUAUAUGAUGCUGACUCGAUCGCUGCGAAAAGCGAGGCCCGACGAGAGGCCAUGUUGGCGAACAAGCGCAGCCGACACCAACAAGUUGAUUCCGAUUUUGAUGACAGACCGGCGAAGAAACCCCAAAAGCGGAAAGCUAUGCCAGCGGAGUCGGCAGCUCCAGACCAUCGCAACGUUGGCUUAGGCAUAACAAGCAAUGGCGCGGGGCCACAAGGCAAGCGGAAGAGGACUGAAAAGGCUCUUGCAGCAGCAGCAGCAGCAGCCCCCGCAACUCAGCCUAUGGAGCGGUCAUUAAGUAGCGCCCUGAAGGCUGCGGGGGCUGGCGGACGGAGUGGAUCGAGCCCUAGAGGAACUCCAGGCCCAGAGAACAGUACAGCUACCAAACGGAAACCACGAGCAGCUCCCGUGCCAGCUCCACGCAAGAACCCGCUCCCGCCGUACUCUCCUCCCCUCGCUUCGUCACCGCUCGCCGCGAACUUUGCCAUCAACAAAGUCAUCGCGGGCACUUCGGAACGCCCAUUGUCGGCCCGUGCCAGAAAGAACUCGACGGCGAAUUCUGUCGCAUCAGUCAGUGCUCAAGAGGUUCCGGUUGGCGGCCGCCCUUCAUCCUCCCACUCUGUACAGCAGAUUACCACUAGCAACGUGAUGACCGAGCUGGAGCAGGCCGCUGGUAUCGUACACGAUACUGUAUCUACGAAGGGUGCAUCGACGCCGAAAGAGACCAUGGAGGCACCAAAUUCAUUCGAAAACUCGACCAUGAAACUGGAAGAUGUAGGACACCAAGAGCCAGAGAGUAUGGAGAUUGAUGUGCCGACAGCGGUACCAGUCACAGGCAGGGUAGGCCGAACAUCCAAGACCGCAACGCCUGUCGUUGAUGCCUUCCCCGAGGUUCCCAUGGCGCGGAGUCGCAGCACUCGCAAUGCGAAUAAUGGCAACUCGAAUUCGAAUUCCAAUGCCUCGUCUGAGAACAACAGUACUAUGACAGGCAUAGUGUCGAAGCGAGGUCACAAGAAGAAUGGGCAACCGAUGUCGAAUGCUGCGCUUGCCUCACCUGCACUGAAGCCUGUGCCUAACGCGAAAUCAAACCCUCCAUCCUCUGCCGCAAGCUCGAUAGUUCAGGAACAGGAAUACCAAGAAGCAGAGGCCGAGGUAGAGGUAGAGGUAGAGUCGGACGAAGACGGCGAAGAGCCCCGGUAUUGCUACUGCAAUGAAGUGUCGUACGGCAACAUGAUUGCAUGCGACAACGACAACUGCCCUCGCGAAUGGUUCCAUCUCCCUUGCGUGCGUCUGGAGAAAGCGCCAGUUGGGCGAACGAAGUGGUUCUGCAGCGACGAAUGCAAGGAUCACUACACCAAGACCAAGGCAAAAGGGGGCCGCCCGGGAAGCAGUAGGCAAUAGGAAUUAGGAAGGAGUUCAAGGCGUUCUGAGACGGGUCCAGCGGCGGCUGGGUCUAGGCCGGGCCCCAAGGGAAAGGGCAAGGCUCGGCUUAAUCUUUGGGACGGAUGGAAUGCCCUUUGACACUGCUUCUGGUCUGCUUUUUUGGAUCUGCGGGUUUUCGUGGCGUUCUUGGAUGAGGGAUACGGCGUGGCUCUCAUGAUCAUGACGCUUGGAAACGCCAGGCCCAUUGGAAGCGCUGAUGGUGUCUGCAUUUCUGCAUCGAGGCGCACUCUCUUUUUUCUCCUCUCCUUGUCCCUGUGGCUGCAUUUCAGUCCUUGUUAUGUUUAGGUUUCUCCCCAUUCUCCGCCUACUGUACGGCAAGCGCAUAGCAAACGAUGCAUUCAUUAAGCAAGUCGAUGACCAACCAAUGAUGAAAUGCACCGGUGAUGUCCAGCCAGCGUAAGAGCAUUUGCGACACUUAUAGAAGUUGGCGCAAUAACUUCUAAAGCU